AUGGACUUGAUGUGCUUGUGCAGCAUUUUAGCACACACUUUAUCAAACAGUUUUGGCAUUAUUUUCAACGUGCUUCUGAUUUUUCUGGUUCUGAAGAAGACCCCAAAGCAGCUCCAAACUUACUCCAUUCUGAUUUUCAACUUUGCUUUAUGCGAUCUUUUCGCAUGCAUAGCAGCUUUGCUAAUUCAGCAAAGAGUCAUUUCCGGUGGUAAGGGACUAUACCUCAUCUUCCAUGGACCAUGCCGAUUAGUUGGCUCCGAAUUCUGCUUUGUUAUGAAUAGCUUCGCUCUACACUGUUACGCACAUACAUUAUGGAGUUUGCUGUUCUCAUUCUCGUAUCGUUUUUACGUUUUGAAACGGACACCACCAAAAAAUGGUGCCAUUAUAGCAAUUAUUCUCGUGAUGUAUUUACCGUCGCUCCUCCAAUUUAUUUCCUUUUGUUUUGCCAACGAAAAGGAGGCCGAAUUAAAAGUGCUGAUAAAGGAGAAUUUCGGUUAUGACGUACGAUCGGAAUGUGUUGGCGGAAGCAGAAACAUUUUGAGUUGGAGAUCACUCCCGGGAAUACUCCACCUGACAUUAUCAGUUACGCCAAUCUAUAUCGCUAUUCAUGUGAUCAGAAAACUCACCAUUUCUUUGUUGGAUGUGGGAUUGGUUAUGUCAGAGAACAGUCGACGUGUUCAUACCCAACUACUCCAGGCCCUCACGGCACAGGCCUGUUUACCAGUUUUCUUCCUACUCGCCGUCAUCGUGUACGCAGUUGAACAGUUGGAUAUCAUUCGUCAUCCACUUCUCGAAUAUUCCUGUUUCAUACUAAUCGGUUUUAUUCCUAUGCUCAGUCCUCUUACCUCGUUUCUUUUUAUUCGUCCUUACAAUAUUUGGAUAAAAGAGACACUUCUAUGCCACCGCAAGGUGUCCGCGAGCAUCAAAGUGUCGGCAGUUGCAUCAAAAGCCAGGAUAAAUGAUCUAAAUAUUAUGCUCUGA